CAAACAGAAGCUGUAGACUCAUAUCUGGGACCUGCAAAUAAACCAUAAGCGGUACCAACAGUUAUAUUAGAAGUGUUGCAUCAUGACCGCCUAGCUCCAGUUGAAAGUGAUGGGGGUCCCUAGACAGCUGCUGCUCCUGCUGUGGAAGAACAUCACCUAUCGCAAGAGAAACAAGAUCCAGCUGAUCAUUGAGCUCCUUUGGCCGCUCUUCCUUUUUGUCAUCCUUAUCUCCGUCCGUCACUCUCAUCCCCCAUACAAACAGAGCCAAUGUCACUUUCCAAACAAAGCAUUGCCAUCGGCCGGCACCCUGCCCUGGAUACAGGGCAUCAUCUGCAACAUCAACAACCCCUGCUUCCAUAGCCCCACCCCAGGAGAGACGCCGGGGCAAGUGGGCAACUUUGACAACUCCAUACUGUCUCGACUGUUUGUGGACGCCCAGACUCUGCUGUCCUAUGGGGGCAACCAGAGCUUCUCUGGCUUCCAGGAGCUGCUGGAGAGCGUGCAGAGGCUGGGAGAGAGGCCAGGGGCAUGGCCAAACCUCCCUGUAGGAGAAUAUCUCAGCGCCAAUGAGACGUUCUCGACCUUCCUCCUGACCAAUGGCAGCCUGUCACCUGCCACUGUUGACCAGCUGUUAAAGGCCCGCCUUAAUUUUCAGGUGUCUCUGGCCGGAGCCGGGAUGCCACUGAAGGAGUUGGUGUGUAAUGCCAGCAUGCUGGGCCGGUUCCUCACUGUGGACGGAGAGGCUGUCACUUCCAACCUGCAGAAACAACUGUGCAGCCUGCCGGCCGACACCCUGCAACAAGCUGAGCGCCUCUUCCUCUCCCAGCUCGACUUCACCAAGAUCUUCACGAGAGACCGCUUGAUGGCCAAUGCCGGUGACCUCAGGGUCAUCAGCCGAGCCGUCACCACCGUGUCCCAGGAGCUGGCUGUCAUCAUGGACCAGUUCUCCUCCCUCUCCAGUUUCUCCCGGCUAAGUGCAGAGCUGCGUCUUCUGUCUCCGGAGAACCGCUCCGCCCUGCCCAGGGAGAGCUUCCGGGCCUUCUCCAGGAUCAUGUGUGGCCACCCAGAGGUGGGCGGCGAGCGCAUCCCUUCGCUGAACUGGUAUGAGGACAACGACAUUAAGUCCUUCCUGGGCCAGAAUGGCACCGAGGACACGGACCUGGACCGCGACAACAACACCACUCCGUUCUGUAAAAGUCUGAUCCAAGGUCUGGAGUCCAACCCUCUGUCUCGCAUCGUGUGGCGAGGCAUCAAGCCUUUGUUCAUUGGGAAACUGCUGUACACACCGGAUACCCCUGCUGUACAGGAGGUCAUGAAGGAGGUGAAUAAGACCUUCCAGGACCUGCUGAUCCUCCAAGAACUGAAUGAAGCCUGGAUGGAGGUGGGGCCACGCAUUAAAAACUACAUGGAGAGGAGUGUGGAGGUCCAACUUCUACAGGAUUUAUUGAGACGGCCAGAGGUGGCGGUGUUAGUGAAUUUGCGUCUUGAGAACACAUCUUGGACAGCUUCGCGCAUCACCCGUUUCCUGUCCACACGUUCCCCUGACGUCCCCCGUAACCCUGGAGCACCCCCUACCUGGCUGGAUAUCUACAAUGACUUCAACCACACCAUCACCACGCUUGCACAAGUCACCCAGUGUUUCUCAUUAAACAAAUUGGAGGGUGCCCAGACCGAGGGGCAGAUGAUUGAAAGGGCCAUGGAGCUAUUGGAUGACAGACAGUUCUGGGCGGGUGUGGUCUUCAUGCUCCCAAACUCUUCGUCCUCCAGUCUGCCGCCACACAUCACCUACAAGAUCCGCAUGGACAUCGAUGAUGUCACCCGAACUAACAAAAUCAAGGACAGGUUCUGGGACCCAGGCCCCGCGGCAGACCCCUUUAAUGACAUGCGCUAUAUUUGGGGUGGCUUCAUGUACGUCCAGGACCUAGUGGAACGAGCCGUGUCCCAGGUGCUGUCCGGGGUCCAGCAGACCACUGGGAUCUAUCUCCAGCAGAUGCCUUACCCUUGCUAUGUGGACGAUGUCUUCCUGCGUGUGCUGAACCGCUCCCUGCCCCUCUUCAUGACACUGGCCUGGAUCUACUCAGUGGCCAUGAUCAUCAAAGGUGUGGUCUACGAGAAGGAAGCGCGGCUGAAGGAGACCAUGAGGAUCAUGGGACUGGGAACAGGAACUCUGUGGCUCAGCUGGUUUAUCAGCAGCAUGGUGCCCUUCCUGGUUUCAGCGGCACUGCUCAUCACCCUGCUCAAGUGGGGGGACAUCCUGCCGUACAGCAACCCGGCAGUGGUCUUCUUCUUCUUGACGGCAUUUGCCACCGCCACCGUUACUCAGUGUUUCCUCAUCAGCACCUUCUUCUCCAAGGCCAACCUUGCCGCCGCCUGCGGGGGGCUCAUCUACUUUGGCCUCUACCUGCCCUAUGUGCUGUGUGUUGCCUGGCGCGACCACCUCAACACCACGCACAGAGUCCUGGCGAGCUUCUUCUCUCCGGUGGCCUUUGGCUUUGGCUGUGAGUACUUCUCCCAGUACGAGGAGCAGGGCAUGGGCAUCCAGUGGUACAACCUGCACUCCAGUCCCAUGGAGGGAGAUCACUACAACUUCACCACCUCCAUAGUAAUGCUUUACGUGGACGCCGUAAUCUACAGCAUAGCCACCUGGUACAUUGAGGCUGUGUUCCCUGGUGAAUACGGAAUCCCCAGGCCCUGGAAUUUCAUCUUCCAGGUGAACUACUGGGGUGGGGUCCCCCUGGAGGCCGGCAUGCCCAUCCCCCCUGCACCCAGGGAGCAGGACGAAGAUCGAAUCGAGCCAGAGCCAACUCACCUGCCUUUGGGCGUAUCCAUCCGUAACCUGGUGAAAAUCUACAAGCAGGGAGCCAAGCUGGCUGUCAAUCACCUUAACCUCAGGUUUUAUGAGGGGCAGAUCACCUCCUUCCUGGGUCACAAUGGAGCGGGCAAGACAACCACCAUGUCUAUCUUGACCGGCCUGUUCCCGCCCACCUCGGGUACGGUGUACAUUAAGGGCAUGGACAUUCGCUUUGACAUGGAGAUCAUCCGCAGAACCCUUGGAGUUUGUCCGCAGCACAACAUACUCUUUGACACUCUGACGGUGGAGGAGCAUGUAUGGUUCUACGGGUGUCUGAAGGGUCUGUCGGGGCCACAGGUGCAUGCAGAGCUUACGACUCUGCUGGAGGAUGUGGGUCUAUUGCACAAACGCCAUGAGCAGACCAAGAACCUCUCAGGUGGUAUGCAGAGGAAGCUGUCAGUGGCCAUUGCCUUUGUGGGGGGUUCUAAGGUGGUGGUUCUGGAUGAGCCCACGGCCGGGGUGGACCCUUAUUCUCGCAGGGGGAUCUGGGACCUCCUGCUCAAAUAUCGCAAAGAUCGCACCAUCAUCCUGUCCACCCACUACAUGGACGAGGCAGACCUGCUGGGCGACCGCAUCGCCAUCAUCUCCCAGGGCAAGCUGUGCUGCUGCGGCUCGCCCCUCUUCCUGAAGGCACGUCUAGGGAGCGGCUACUACCUCACCGUGGUGAAGAGGGAGGGGCUGGAGAGCAGCAUGCCCAGCAGAAGCAGCAGCUCCACCAGCAAACUGCCAGCCCUCAUCAAGGACAGCGACUCGUCCAUGAGCGAUGACACGGGGCUGGGCAGUGAGGAGAGUGGUUCAGACAUGGCGGCGUUACUCUCCCUGGCUCGGCGCCACAUCCCAGGGGCGAGAAUCGUGGAGGAGAUGGGCCGUGAGGCGGUGGUGAACUUGCCGCAGACAGCCACCCUGGACAGCAGCCUGGCCAUAUUCCUGGCUGAACUGGACCAGAGGCUGACCGAGCUGGGCAUCACCAGCUAUGGUCUCUCAGACAGCACCCUGGAGGAGAUCUUUCUGCGGGUGGCAGAGGAGACAGGGGUGGACGUGGAGCCAGAGGAGAGCCCAGAGCAGAGUGGCAGCCAGAGCCAGCAGCCCCCGGCCAGGCUGGAUGCUCGAGGAGAGGCUGCUGAGGAGCCAGGAACGGGAAGAAAAAGGCUUCGCAAGCAAGACCCCACGGAGACAGAUCUGCUGAGCGGGGACGGAUGCAGUGGUGUCCCCCUGACCGGCUGGUGGCUGACAUGGCAGCAGCUGCGGGCCCUGUUUGUCAAACGCUGGCUGUACGCUCGGAGGAGCCGCAGGGGCCUCUUCGCUCAGAUUGUGUUGCCUGCUGUGUUUGUGCUGAUCGCCCUGCUCUUCAGUCUCGUCGUGCCUCCAUUCGGGAAGUAUCCUGCGCUGCAGCUUCAGCCCUGGAUGUAUGGAGAGCAGUAUACCUUCUUCAGUAAUGAUGCCCCAGGGGAGCCUGCCAUGGAAAACCUUCUAGACGCGCUGCUGGACCGGCCGGGUUUUGGAACCAAGUGUAUGGAGCAGGAAGACAACAGCACCCCACCAUGCGAGGGCGGGCAGGGCAGUCUGUAUGUGCGGCCGCAGGUUCCCUACUCCCUCUGGCAGAUGUUCAGCAGAGGCAACUGGAGCAUGAACAGCCCCUCUCCAGACUGUCAGUGCAGCACAGAGGACAUCCGCAGGAUGCUGCCCGACUGCCCUCAGGGGGCUGGAGGAAUACCCCCUCCACAGAUUAAGAUGCUGACUGGGGACAUCCUACAGAAUCUAACCAGUCAUAAUAUUUCUGACUAUCUGGUCAAGACCUACCCUGGAAUCCUCAAAAAAAGCCUGAAGACCAAGAAGUGGGUGAAUGAGUUCCGAUAUGGGGGCUUUUCUCUAGGGGGCAAGGCUACACAGACCAUAUCCCAGGUCCACCACAUCCAGGACUCCGUCAUGUCAAUCAGGACUCGGUACCAAGUAACACAGAACAGCUCCUUAGAUCACCUGCUGAACCGCCUGCCUGAUUUUCUACAGGGACUGAACAGUCAAAACAAUGUCAAGGUGUGGUACAACAACAAAGGUUGGCAUGCUAUGGCAUCAUUUGUCAAUGUGAUGAACAAUGGCCUGCUGAGAGCCAGUCUCCCCCCGGGGCCGGAGAGGAGGAGGCACGGCAUCACUGCCUACAAUCAUCCCCUCAACCUCACCAAGGAACAGCUCACCGAGAUGGCCAUGAUGACCACAUCAGUGGACGUCCUAGUGUCCAUCUGUGUCAUCUUCGCCAUGUCCUUCGUCCCGGCCAGCUUUGUGCUCUUCCUGAUCGAGGAGCGAGUCAGCAAGGCCAAGCACCUGCAGUUUGUCAGUGGGGUUAAACCAUAUCUCUACUGGCUGGCUAACUUCACCUGGGACAUGUUAAACUACACCAUCCCUGCCACCAUGGUGGUGCUUAUCUUCAUCUGCUUCCAGCAGAAGUCUUAUGUCUCUGAGACCAACCUGCCCGCCCUCAUCCUGCUGCUCCUGCUCUACGGGUGGUCUAUUACGCCACUGAUGUACCCAGCAUCCUUUGUGUUCACUGUUCCCAGCACAGCUUAUGUAGUUCUAACCUCAAUCAACCUCUUCAUUGGAAUCAACGGCAGCAUCGCCACCUUUGUCCUGGAGCUGUUUGUGGAUGAGCAUCUGAAUGAGGUGAACAGGAUCCUGAAAAAGGUGUUUCUCAUCUUCCCCCAUUUCUGCCUGGGUCGAGGACUCAUUGACAUGGCCAAAAACCAAGCUAUGGCCGAUGCCUUCCAGAGGCUGGGCACCAAGCAGACCCUGGACCCUCUGGAGUGGGACUUUGUGGGGAAGAACCUAUUUGCCAUGGCAGUGGAGGGGUUUAUCUUCUUCAUCUUCACAGUCUUGCUACAGUACAAGUUUUUCAUCCAUUGCAAGCCAUGGUGGGCGGAGCCUGAGAUGCCCCCUCUUGGUCCAGAGGAUGAGGAUGUGGCCAGGGAGAGAGCGAGGGUCAAAGGGGGCAAGGCACAGGCAGACAUCCUCACCAUGAUGGACCUCAGCAAGGUGUAUAAAGCUGGUAGGAAGCCAGCAGUUGAUCGCCUCUGUCUGGGAAUCCCCCGCGGGGAGUGUUUUGGUCUGCUCGGGGUCAACGGAGCAGGGAAGACCUCCACGUUUCGGAUGCUGACAGGAGACACUCCCAUCACCUAUGGAGAGGCCUUCCUCCACCACUACAGUGUGCUGACAGACAUGGAGAGGGUUCAUCAGCUGAUGGGCUACUGCCCCCAGUUUGAUGCCAUCAGUGACCUGCUGACCGGCCGUGAGCACCUUGAGCUGUAUGCCCGCCUCCGAGGAGUGACAGAGGACGCGGUUCCCAAGGUGGCUCAGUGGGGCGUGAAGAAGCUCGGGCUGACCCAGUACGCUGACAGGGAGGCUGGAGGCUAUAGCGGAGGCAACAAGAGGAAGCUCUCAACUGCCAUCUCCCUCAUCGGGGCACCACCUGUUAUAUUCCUGGAUGAGCCCACCACUGGCAUGGACCCAAAGGCUAAAAGGUUCCUGUGGAACUGCAUCCUCAGCGUAACCAAAGAGGGAAGGGCUGUUGUUCUCACCUCCCACAGUAUGGAGGAGUGUGAGGCUCUCUGCACCAGAAUGGCCAUCAUGGUGAAUGGCAGAUUCCAGUGUCUGGGAUCUGUACAGCAUCUCAAGAACAGGUUUGGUGAUGGCUACACCAUCAUCCUCCGUUUGACAGAUGCUAAGCCCCCCCAAGACCCUUGCCCUGUGGACGCCUACAUCAGGGAGUCCUUCCCUGCCAUAGAGCUGAAGGAGCGCCACCAGAGUGUGCUGCAGUACCAGCUGCCCUCACAAGCUUGCUGCCUGGCUCAGGUCUUCGCUAUGUUGUCAAACAACUACAAGGAGCUGGGCAUCACUGAUUACUCUGUUUCACAGACCACCUUGGACCAGGUAUUUGUGAACUUUGCCAAAGAACAGAGUGAUGAUGACCAGCUCAGGGAUGUGAUCGUCACAAAUGGAACAGGUCAGGCCAGCCGGGCAACCCUUCCCACUGGAGAGGCCAUGCCUACUAUUCAGCCACAGCUGUCAAUCAAGCCACCUCAGCCAAGCAAGGCUUCCCAAUCUGGCAAAUCAUCUGAUGGCAAACGGAAAGAGGGGAAAUCUAAAAAAGUUAAAUCUAACAAGGGCAAGUCCAAUGACAGCAAAUCUCAAGAGUCCCUGGAUAACAGGGGGAAAGACAGUAGCAUGGCAAUGACCAGCAUACCUCAGCCAGAGGCGGUGGCCCAAGAGAAGCCUCAGGUGACUGGGAGGGCCACAAUUGGGUCUACCAGCACUAGCAGUGUUAGGGAGGAGACUAAGGAAUCCACAGUAAAUUGGUCUAAAAGCACCGGGGAGCGCUCUAGAAAGGAUCCUGCUGUUCUCUUUAUAGUAAGCAACAACACACAGGACAGCAAGGUAUGAAGUGGAGUCAUGGAACAUUGGCUGAGGACAUCCAGGAUGGAAAGAGGUAUUCCACUUUGAAGCUUUUAGCUCAGCAAUAUCCAGACUGCUAUUUGAUACUGGCAAGACCCAGGGAGUUGGCACAAUCACUUUCACACUAAAACCCAGCCAGUACAAAGUGGAAAAGGAAAGUCAAAAAAGCAAUGCAAAAAUGAAUCUGAGAGGCAAUAUUAUCCCCCUGCCUCCUCCCCUGAGGAAAGAAAACCGGAAUAAACAACAGCUACCACUUCCCAAGCAUUUGUUUGGUGCCUUGGUAAUCUCUCAAUAGAACUGUGGUUUUAUGCCAUGUGUCCCCAUCAUAAAUCCAGUUUUUGUCAGCUAUCACUUUGUUUCUUCACUAGACAUGUUGUGUGGGUGUAUAAUUGAUUUUCAGAAGUGCAUACUAAAUGCAGUGUAGAAAAAAGUGGAGUUCCUCAGGUCUCAAUCAUCACAUCCCUCAGAAUCCCAAUUUCUUCAUACUGCAUAAAGCACUUUAAAAAAGUAAAUGCUGCAAACAUCCUU